AUGUCGCCGAGCUGCAGCUCCGAACGGUGUUCCGAACAACCGACCAUCCACGACGCUUCCAAGUCAUUUCAAACCGGAUACUGGGCCGAGCUGGCAUCUGACAUCCAGACACUGACAGACUUUGGCGUUUACUCCACCUCUGAGGUGAAGCAAGGCGCGAGGUGA